AUGACGAUCCCGGCACCAAACUCCGAUUAUCAGACAGGCUGGUCCGAGCCUGAGUUUGUCCAAAAUCCCUACCUGCAGGUGCACGGUUUGGCGCCUGGGCUGCAUUAUGGUCAGCAAGUCUAUGAGGGACUACAAGCACGGCGAACGCAGGACAACAACAUACUCAUUUUCCGCGCCGAAGCGAACGCGAAGCGCAUGCAGCGGUCGGCGGAAGCCGUCUCCAUGCCCAGCGUGUCAGAAGAGCUUUUCCUCAAGGCUGUCCACCUGGCUGUAGCACGGAACGCCGAGUUCGUCCCACCUGCCGACUUCGCAGGAAGCCUGUACAUCAGGCCCUUUCAGUUCGGGUCAGGUUGCCAAAUUGGGCUGGAGCCGCCAGACGAGUUCAUAUUCUGCGUCUUCGUGCAGCCGCACAUUGCCUUCCACGGCCAUGGGACGCUGCGGGCACUGGUAUCCGAAGACUUUGACCGGGCGGCCACGCGCGGCACAGGAGCCGUCAAGGUCGGCGGCAACUACGCGCCUGUCAUGAAGUGGUCGAGGGAAGCGCGGAAGCCAGAGAACGGCGGCUGGGGCGUGCUGCUGCAUGUUGACAGCAAGACGCAGACGUUUAUUGAUGAGUUUAGCACCUCGGGCUUCAUUGCCUUCGAGCGCGCGAUAGAUGAGAGCACCCAGCUCGAACGCACGACGGUGGUGGUGGCGGAUAGCCCGGCUGCCAUUGAGAGCAUCACGGCCGUGACGGUUUCGGAGCUGGCAUCAUCAUUUGGGUGGGAAGUCGUCAAGCGGCAGGUGAGACUGGACGAGCUCGCGAGCUUUAGCGAGGUGCUUGCAGUGGGUACGGCUGCCGGGCUGGUGUCGGUUUCAGCGAUCCGGCACCAGUCCACAGAUCGCGAUUUUAGCUUCGUUGAAAACGGGCCCUGCUACCAAAAGCUAUCGAGCACGCUGAAGGACAUUCAGCAUGGCAGGGUAGCGGAUACCUUUGGGUGGUGCGCGCCUCUUCGGUUUGAGGAAUUUGUAGCUACAUAG